AGAGCGCGGCCAGAGGCGGCGCGGGCGCGCGACUAGCAGGGUCCGGGGGCGAGCGCCGCGCGGGCCACCAUGGCCACGGACGAGCUGGCCAACAAGCUGAGCCGGCGGCUGCAGAUGGAGGGCGAGGGCGGCGUCGAGGCCCCGGAGCAGCCCGGGCUGAACGGGGCGGCGGCGGCGGCGGGGGCACCCGACGAGGCGGCCGAGGCGCUGGGCAGCGCGGACGAAGAGCUGAGCGCCAAGCUGCUGCGGCGCGCCGACCUCAACCAGGGCAUCGGCGAGCCCCAGUCGCCCAGCCGCCGCAUCUUCAACCCCUACACCGAGUUCAAGGAGUUCUCCAGGAAGCAGAUCAAGGACAUGGAGAAGAUGUUCAAGCAGUACGAUGCCGGCCGGGAUGGCUUCAUUGACCUGAUGGAGCUAAAGCUUAUGAUGGAGAAACUUGGAGCCCCCCAGACCCACCUGGGCCUGAAAAACAUGAUCAAGGAGGUGGAUGAGGACUUUGACAGCAAGCUCAGCUUCCGAGAGUUCCUCCUGAUUUUCCGCAAGGCAGCGGCUGGGGAGCUGCAGGAGGACAGCGGGCUGCACGUGCUGGCCCGCCUCUCUGAGAUCGAUGUGUCCACCGAGGGCGUCAAGGGGGCCAAGAGCUUCUUUGAGGCUAAGGUCCAGGCCAUGAACGUGUCCAGCCGUUUCGAGGAGGAGAUCAAGGCAGAGCAGGAGGAGAGGAAGAAGCAGGCGGAGGAGAUGAAGCAGCGGAAGGCUGCCUUCAAGGAGCUGCAGUCCACCUUCAAGUAGCGAGGCUGCGCCCCACCGCCUGGCCCCGGCCCCAGCGCCCAGUCCCGCGGGCGAGGGUGGUGAGGGCCGGCAGACCGCAGGCCAAGCCUGAUCCUCGGCUCUGUCUGAAGGGACCAUGCUAAAAAGCUACACGUGUCUGUGAACAAGCCGGCUGAGGGGUCUCCCAGAGCGGCCCGGCCCCUCCCCGCUCCCUGCCGCUGUCCCUGAGGCCCUGGCACCAGCCGCCUCCCGGCCUGGCCCAGCCCUCCCUGGCCAGUCCUGCACCUCUCGCCUCCUGGCCGCCCACUGCCUGCUGCAGCCGCUCCUGCUUCUGGCUCUAGGGCGCUCCCUGCCAGUGGGCUGCCUGCACACACACUCCUCCCUGUGCCUCUCCCUUUCCACCUCCUCCUCUACCCCUGCAGAGACCACCUGCCCUUAACCCACAGGCUGCACUGCUCCUGGGGCCCUCGAGCGCCCCCCCCUUGACUGGGGGAGCGACAGGUGGCAAGAAUCGUGGCCGGCCCCAUAGAGCUGAUGGGUGGCACCCGGGCUCCCCAUCACCAGCACCUGUUCCUCUGGCCCUGCCUCCUCUCUCUGCUGGAAUCAAGGGGGGGGGGCUUCUAUCUUGGCGAAGGGACCCAGGCCCCUGGCACCCCAUGCUGGCAAGGAGACCCCAGCUCUCUGGGGCCCAGCCAGGCAGGGUGAGGGGGCAGCUGUGCCAAUCUACCUCAAGGGCCCACACUCUGCCGGCCAUGCCACGGAUUGUGGGCAGGGAAGGCUCUGAGGGCAGAAACACCAGUCCCUGGUCCCCUCCACCCCCCCCCCGCUUUCCCUGGCCCUGAACAGCCUGAGGGUCUCUGGAGAGAAGAGGGUGGGGAGGAGGGAUUGGCCCCUUCAUAGGGAAGGAAACCAGCACGUCUCCGUUCUCCAGGAGGCGUCCAAGAAGUGCUUUAGGUGGUUUGCACGGACCAGGUUGUGGGGCGCAGGGGGCCUGGCUCGGCUCUCUCACGCCAUCCUUCCCCAAGUGACGUUCACCGCCUUGUCACCAGCAACGGGACAUGUCCUGUCACACCCACCCCCUGAGGGAGCAUGGGGACCCCAGCCCUCCCCGUGCCCAUCCCCAGAUGGGCCGUGGCCAAGCCUGUGCCACCGGCCCGGCCCUACGCGGCUCCCGAUGUGCUCGCUGUGCGUGUCUGUGUGUACGUGCGUCUGUGUCCAUUGCUAUGUCGUGAAGCUGUGCCCGUCCUCCAGUCCAAACAAACGCAUGGCCACUGAGGCCACAGUUAUGCAACUUUCAGUGUGUGUUGUGACAGCGUCACUGCUUUUUAAACUCGGUAACCCUUUAUUUUAGUAAAAUGCCCCAAGAGUCCACAAAACUCCUGUUGGACUUGCAGAGUUGGACUUGCAGAGGUUUUAUUUUUUUGGCCUUAGAAUCUGCAGGAAUUAGGAGGUACUGACCCCAGUGCAGCAGCCUUGGCCCUGGAUUGCGUUUGCCUUAGCGGAUAUGUUUAUACAGAUGAAUAUAAAAAGGUCUUUUUCUUUUGGCCUAUUGCUUUUUUUUUUUCUCUCUUCCCUUCUCACCAAAAAAGAAAAAGGAAAAAAAAAAAAAGGCUACUUCUUCAUUCGGUGGUACGAUUAUUUUUUUUAACUAAAAUAAGAUAAAAUUCUAUAUUCUUA